UUUUAUUUGAUGUAUCUUUAUCUCUGUCUGCUAAGGAUUUCACUCCUACUCUACUGCUUCUUGUUUCAGAUGUUGACUCUGAUGAUUUGGAGAGAGAACUCAAUGACAUUCUCCAAAAUGAAGAGAUGAUUAUUGACCUUCCUGAUGUUCCUUCAGGCCCAGUGAUCAUUCUCCCCAGCGCCCUACAGAAUGGAAGAUGGACCAGGCUGCUCAUUCUCCAGCAGAUGGAUCAUUCUUGAGGUCUGUUCCAGAGCCAAUGCUACAGUGACAAUACCAAAAGGUUGACUUUUAUGGCUGCUUGUGCCCUACUCACAGGACCUAUGCUGAGGAACCACUAUGACUCUAAUGAACCAACAGAAAGUAGAAAUCAUGCAGAACAUUGCCAAAGUGGAACUGUUAGUUCAUGAGUAUUAGAAGAGGCAUAAGAAAAGGAAGUAAAGGGGAAAUGGAGAUCCUGUGAUAAAGGGCAACGGCUGAAGUCAUCCUACCCAAGGUACAAAGCAGAACUAGCAAACAAAUUAUGCUGGACAGUGGGCGCUGGAUCAGAAAAUCAAAUAACAAAAUCAAAUAACAAAAUCAAAUAACAAAAUCAAAUUACAUCUACAUUCUACAAUGAACACUUUAACGAAAAGACUUUGGAAAUGUAUUUCUUAUUGCUUUCCAUUUCGUAAAAAGAAACCUAAUGACAAUGCUGUUGAAGAAAUUGAGAUCAAACAGGAAUCACUAGAAAAACAACCUAUUGAAGCUAAUAGUGAAAGAGAAACGAGUUAUGAAGUAAAUAGUGAAAGAGAAACAACUAUUGAAGCUAAUAGUGAAAGAGAAACGAGUUAUGAAGUUAAUAGCGAAAGAGAAACAACUAUUGAAGCUAAUAGUGAAAUAGAAACGAGUUAUGAAGUUAAUAGCGAAAGAGAAACAACUGUUGAAGCUAAGAGGAAAAGAGAAACUACUACUAAAGCUCAUAGGAAAAGAAAGGCGGCUAACAAAUCUAAUAGUACAAGAAAAACUGCUAAGAAGCCUAAUGAUGCAGUUUCACCUGAACGGGAUAAAUUGUACUGUGACGAAUGUGUAUCCAGACAGAAGAUAUGCUUCGAAGACCAGGUUAAAACAUCAAUUGCGAAAAAGAAAGUUUUCUGGACUGACUUUAAAAGAUCCAAUGACUUCGAGAGAGGCCUAUUAAGUAGAGGAUGGGUGAAGAAAAUUGCCCCCACCUUCAAUGCUGGUCCCAAGAAAACUGUAUUUCGUGACCCAACAUAUGGACAUAAGAUUAUAAGUCGUUAUGACAUACAACCCAACCUCAUCCUGACACGUAAAAGAGUUGAACUCCAUCUUCUGAGAGAGGAUCAGAUAACCAAUCACUUUUGCAGAGUGCACGCCACAAGCAAGAGUGGUCUGUGCAAAGUAUUAAGGCAAUGGUGUUUGUCGUGUGAUGCGAAUCCACACACUUUCUUCCCUCGUUGCUACAUGUUUAGUAAGAUAAAUGAAAAACAAGCAUUCAUUGAUGACUUUACCAUGACUGCGGCUUGUGGUAUCCUAAAAUGGGUUUUGAGAACCAAUGGGAAGUCUUUGCAAGAUGAAGUUAUUCCCAGCCGGAAAGAAAAGGAAGAAAAAACGGCUAUUUGCAUGUCAGAUGCUAAAAUAAACAAUCAUGGCCCUGCAAGAAUUGUUCCAGAAGAUAUUAUAGUAACAGCCCUUGUGGUUUGCCAGUUUCAUCUGUACGACUUGACACAUGAGGAUGAAGACGACAUAAUAUGUGCCGGGAUAGUUGAUAGAAAACAUUUCAUAAGUGACUACUAUCAGGUUAUGCAUCAUGGUGCGCACAUACAGAAUUCAGACAAGUAUGUUGAUUACUGCCACCAAUUGUUAUGUAAGCUGAGAAGAGUGAACCCACAACUAGAUAUAGAUGGAGAAAAAAACAUCUGGAUUUCAAAACCAAGAAAUUUAUCUAGAGGAAGAGGGAUACGUUGCAGAAAUGAUCUGAAAGACAUAUGUUCCUUGGGAAGGGAAUGGGUGGUUGAAAAGUACAUAGAGAGGCCACUUCUUGUAUAUGGAACCAAAUUUGAUCUCCGUCAGCAUUUCCUCAUAACGGACUGGUACCCGUUAACUAUCUGGUUCUAUAAGCACAGUUUCCUCCGUUUCUCAUCUCAGCCCUUCACGCUGGAGAGUUUAGAUACCGCCACCCAUGUAUGUAAUUACGCCAUACAGAAAAAAUUAAAGAAUGCACCAAAUCGUCACCCCAACCUGCCUGAAGAAAACAUGUGGCACAGUGACGAAUUCAAAGAGUAUCUUUGUACAAUCGGAAAAGAGCAAGUCUGGGAUUCAAUCAUUAUACCAGGGAUGAAGAAAGCCCUCAUUCAUACAAUGAAGGCCACUCGGGAAAAUGUGAAGUACAGGAAAAACAGUUUUGACCUUUUUGGUUCAGAUUUUCUGUUUGGAGAAAACUUCCAGCCCUGGCUACUUGAGAUACAAUACAAACCUGGCAUAACCAAAGACACGUCAGUGAUGUGGAAAAUUGUUCCACCAAUGGUAGAGGACAUGCUACGUGUGGUGAUUGAUUACAAGGAUGACCCUAACUGUAAUGUGGGAGGAUUUGAACUUAUAUAUAAACAGGCAAAUUAUACUGGAAAUGGGAUUCUCAGUAAAGAAAAAACAUUUAGAGAUCUGAAGAUAACAACCAUCUCUGAUCCAUAACAGGUGGCUAGUGGGAUGAGUCUUGGAGGAAGGAAUAGUCCAACCAACCAUUUCCUUUUGAUGCCUAUUUUUUUCUUUGUUAUACCUUUUUUAAAAUAAAAAUUAUUUCCUUAA